UGCCGUAGUGCUAGUUAUGAGUAUUACCGUAUCACAACAAAGAUGAGGCUAAUUGACAUAUGACAACUGUGUUUUAAUAAUGAGGGUAGAUUGAUAAAACAAAAUUAGCUAUCAAAGUUCGUGUGGCAAAACCAGUGUUGACCAGUGUUAUCAUUAAAUUUCUUAAUUGACGGUUCAUCCCAGAAACAAAACUUAAGGGUUCAUUUGCUAAUGACAGAUUUAAGUAACCGUAGGGCGGACCAUCCCUAUCGACUGCGUUUCGAUAAAGCAUUGGUGUAGCCACGCUUAAAAAAUAUUGGUAUUUACUAGUGAAAAAGUGGAUUUAAAAUAUGUAAAAUCAUUAUUUAUAGUAAUAUGAUUGAUAGUCAGUUCUUUUACUGUUAGUUUUUAUUGAUUUACAAAGCGAAAUAGCUAUUUAAAUUAAAAUUAAAUAGAGCAACUUGGGCUUUUUUUUUCUAUGGGAACACUCACUGCUGUCAAUGUCAUAAUAUUAAACAAGGUUUGUUUGUGAUUUCUGUUUUGUUGUUUCUCCGGAAGAGAUUAUUAUAUUUUCAACGUAAAUAUAUCCUAAACCUAAAAAUAUCAUGGAUAAUAAUCAAUCAAAAACACCACGCAAAAGAAUGUGCAAUUUCACUGCCGAUGAAAAGGCUCUAUUGGCACAAUUAAUUAAAAAGACGCCAAUCGUGGAGUCCAAAUUAACGGAUGGAAAGUCUGUCUCCAAAAAACAAGCAGCGUGGGAUUUAAUAACACGAGAGUUUAAUAGCAACGCCAAUGUACACAAGCGUGAGACUAUUACUUUGAAGAGAGCAUGGGAUAACAUGAAAGCCUACACACGUAAAGCUCGCGCAACUGAACGAGGAAACUUAUUAAGAACUGGAGGCGGACCAUCAGCACCUCCACCGCCACACAAUGAAGCCAUAAUAACCAUGGUUGAAGAGGCUGCACCUAUUAUAAUUUGUGAGUUGAAUAACCCGUUUGAUAGUGACGGAACCAUACUGGAUACAAUCAGCAAUAGUCAACAACAGGACUUGUUAGACAAACCUAACAUUUCUGUAUCGAUUGACACCAGAGAUAUAUUGGAAACAGAGAACUUAAAAGAUUCCCAAGUAAAUAUAUUGAGUUUUGAAGAGCAGGAAGACGGCAAAAUCUUUGACAAUAACCACUUUGAAGUCGAAGAUUUGCAAGUUACAGAUGGUAAACCUUAUUUAGCAGCAAAGACCAAGACUGCUGAUCAAGUUCGGAAACCCACAGACUACAUUCGUCGAGAGGCUGUGAUACGAAUUAAACAUUUAGAAAAUAAAAAAAGAAUGGAAAUGCAAAUAUUGAAAACUCAGUUAGAAGUAGAGGAAAUUAAAAAAGCAACAGCGUUAUUAGAACAACAAAGACAGAAGACAUUAUUAGAGAAAGCGAAAAUUGAGUUAGAAGAAAUUAAGAAGUCAAAUGGUGGUUAA